GUGUUAAAUUUCUAUAAAUAAGAUGCUCUGUCCUUCUCCCAGGACACAAAACCAGCCAUGGCUACUGCUAAAUCCUUUACUCGUUUACUUUUGAUCUCUUUUCUCUCACUAAGCUUUUGCUUUUCUGCCAUUAAAGCACAAAGCUCUGCUUCUAUAGUGAAUGGUCUUUCAUGGACAUUUUACAAGUCUACCUGCCCUAAAGUAGAAUCCAUCAUCAGAAAACAGCUCAAGAAAGUGUUCAAGAAGGACGUUGGACAAGCUGCUGGCUUGCUUCGUCUCCACUUCCAUGACUGCUUUGUUCAGGGGUGCGAUGCAUCAGUGUUGCUUGAUGGAUCAGCCAGUGGACCAAGUGAGCAAGAAGCACCUCCCAAUUUGAGCUUGAGAAAAGAGGCAUUUGAGAUCAUAGAUGACCUGCGCGAGAGGGUACACAAGGAGUGUGGCCGAGUCGUUUCCUGUGCUGAUAUUGUUGCUAUUGCCGCCCGCGAUUCUGUUUUCUUGUCAGGCGGGCCUGAUUAUGAUGUUCCACUGGGAAGGCGAGACGGGUUGACCUUUGCGACACAAAAUGCAACCUUGGCGAACCUGCCAGCACCCACUUCCAACACCACCACACUUCUCACAUCGCUGGCCACCAAAAACUUCGAUGCCACCGACGUGGUAGCCCUCUCCGGUGGCCACACCAUCGGAAUAAGCCACUGCAGCUCUUUCACAAACCGUUUGUAUCCAACCCAAGACCCUGUAAUGGACAAAACAUUUGCCAAUGAUCUCAAGGAAAUCUGCCCAACAUCAAACUCUACCAAUACAACCGUGCUGGAUAUUCGAUCUCCUAAUACAUUCGACAACAAGUACUACGUUAAUCUCGUGGACCGCGAAGGCUUAUUUACUUCAGACCAAGAUUUGUACACAGAUUCCAGGACAAAGGACAUUGUCAAGGGCUUUGCAGCGAACCAAUCUUUGUUCUUCGAACAGUUCGUGGCUUCGAUGAUAAAGAUGGGGCAAUUGAGUGUGUUGACAGGUGGUAAUGGAGAAAUUCGUGCUAAUUGCUCGGUGAGGAAUUCGGAUAAUCAGUACUUGGUGACUGUGGUGGAAGAGGAUUUGGAGUCGCUGUCUGAGCUGAGAUAAGGAUGAAAUUGCUGGAAAUUAAUAAUAAUAAUAAUAAGGUUGAGUGCAGGAACUAUGCUAGAAUUUGGGUGUGUGGUUGGGCUUGGUCUUUGCUCAUCUGUUGACCUAUUUAUCUAUGGACAAGUAUUUAACACUUCUGUAGCUUCUUGUUAAUUAAAUAGUUUGCUUUGCUCA